GGCUGCUGAUGGUGGUGGUGGUGACUGCAGUGACGGCCGUGUAUGACAACACCUAUGGAAACGUUGCAUCUCUGAUUUGACAAUGAUCGCACUUGUGGAAACGUUGAAACUCUGAUUUUACAAUGAUGUGAAGUACAUCUGUAGAAGAACGGUUGACAACUCAGGCGUGAGAGCCAAAACGUUGCCACGUGUGUUCUGCAAGGCAAGAAAUUUGUGUGCUUUUGUGACACUUGGUUUUAACGUGGAUGUUCCGGAAAGGUGUGUCUUGGAAACGCCGUGCAAACACUAAAUGCUAAUUGUAUCGGAUAAAAGGAUAUGAGUACCAGCAUGUAAGUUUUUCUGCCACUCAGAAUCUUGACAUUGCUAAGUUUACUUAUGGGUAUGAAAUUGAUGCAUAUCUUAUUUGAGGCUCGUAGUAAAAGUUUAUGUUUUUCGUCACCUUGCUCACAUAGACGUCGUUUCGUGGUUUUCAUUGAUGUUGUCAAUCUAUGAUAAACAAACAUUAUUUAUUUAAAUGAUGUCCUUUUCUUACACGUGUAAUAGCCAUUCGUGAAUGUACAGUGUGUUUGAUGGGUAGAUAGCAUUCAAUAUAUACUGUUCUGACAAUUACGAGCAAUUAUUGUCAAUGAGCUAAAGUUAACUUUUAAAACCAAUACCAACCAUCUGUGAAACCCUAAAUAACCACUGAAGCAGGUAGCCACAGACGCUGUGAUUGAUUUGACGAUCAGUGGCACUGGUUCCAUUAGCAAUGGCUUACAAUAUGACGGACCUCUUCGACAACAUGACUGGAUACGGAGGAAGUGAACCACCAUCCUAUGUCUUCGUUCGGCGGCUACAGACAGUGAUGUUCCCAAUAAUCUGUAUUGCUGGAACGGUUGGCAAUAGUCUUGCCGUCGGUGCUUUCUUCAGUAAAUCCUUGCGGAACACUUCCUGUUGUCUAUACCUGGGCGUUAAAUCAUUAUCCGACAUCGGAUUUCUCAUCAGUGUGUUCAUCAUAUUCCUGUUUCGUGUCCGAGUUGGGAUCAUGAGUAUACAGGGAAUCUGCCAGAUAACAAUAUUUUUGUCCUACGUGUGUCCUUUCCUUUCCAUUUGGCUCGUGGUGAUAAUAACGUUCGAGAACUUCAUCCGUAUAUCCCAACCUGCUCUGGUACCAAGUAUCUGUACAACGAGGACGGCCCAAAUGGUCAUAUUCAUAUACUUUACAGUGUCUGUUGCAGUGUAUAAUUUCCCUUUCUGGACAACGGGAGUUGACUAUGGGAUGUGCUCAGCUUUGCCUCAGUUCCAACAAAUCUCCAUCGUCUAUACGUACGUUGACAGUCUCCUGACUCUUGUGUUACCGCUGGUGCUGAUGAUCAUCCUAGUCCCCUUGGUGGCAGUCAGUGCCCUUCAGGCACACAAGAGGAAGAUGAGACUCCAGGCUGGGAAGCAAAGGAAGGACAAGAAGGCUUCUCCCGAGGCACAAGUCACUCGUCUCCUGUUUGCUGUGUCUGUUGUGUUCAUAGUUCUCCACACUCCAAGUCAUUCCAUACGGAUCAAGGAACUUGUGAUGCAGCUCAUCUAUAACGUUAGCCCGUCUUUCAAUGACCUGAUUGUGCAUAGGAUCUUUGAGCUGUUCUAUUACCUAGAUUACUGUGUAAGUCUAGCUGUGUAUUUAAUAUUCGGUGGUAACUUUAGAAACGUGUUCAGGAAGAAGUACUUCUCAAGGUGCAAUAGACAGGAGAAGGAGAAGGAACCUACAACGAUGGAAUCUCCGGUGUCACAGAGACUGAUCAAAUGACUGUAUCAUUUCCGUUUCUUCACUGCUAGUGACGGACCCAAUAGACAUUACUGUUGUGCUACUGUAAUAUAAUCUGUGAUUCAAUGACAGUGCUGCAUGUCAAUGUGGCAAUGUGAAAUUCAAGGUUUGAAUCUGUCCCCGGAAACAUAUGCUGGUCAUAUGACAGGACCAAAACGUAUCGAGUGUUGGGCUCAGUUAUUGGCUGAUCGUUGCUCGCAUAUCGAUCACUGGAUUGUAUGGUCCAGAUUUCGAUUAUUUACAAGCCACCGUAAUAUAGCUGGAAUAUUGCUGAGAGCGGCGGUAGACAACAAACCAACAAAGCAUGUACGUAUUUCCUCUGGACAGGACAAGCAUACGUUUUAUAGCUGUGAUAUUUUAUUGGGGGAUUAUGAUUUGAUGAAUCGACAAGAACAAACUACUGAUGUACAUUAUGCAUUUUCGGGACGACAUUAACAAAAUGUUACUGUGACACCUUUCGCCUUUUAGAUGGAUUGGUUCUUCUUAAUGGGAACACAAGUACGUUUACUGCUAUAAUUUACAAUCUUUCCCCCGGUGUAUAUUAAUGGGAAAGAACUUUGAAAUAUGUUGGCACACACGAAAAUUGAACAUCUAAACUUUUCUUCAACACUUGAUAUUGUACAGUAUAUGCCCGAUGGACAUAUUUUUGCAUGAUGUUAUAUACAUAUUUAUGCGAUUAUUCCACUUAUAUGUGUUGUUCAGUUGACAUGUUUGAUUUAAUCAGGUUAUCAUUGGAGUGACAAGAUUAUAUUUUUCACUCUUCUUUUGAACUAUUGCUUCAUUAAUGUCUUUGUGUAUUCUGUUACAUGGUAUUAAAUAUUUUUCUGCG